UAUAAACCCAAUUUUUUUCCCAUACACCCUGUCCGUGGGUUACAACACUCUUCCGUUGUUCAACGCACAACCAUGGAACCGUCAUUGCAACAGCAACCAUCACCGCCACCGUCACCGCGCCCCCUCACCAUCCUCGGGAAAUACCAGCUGACGCGCCUUCUCGGCCGUGGCAGCUUCGCCAAGGUCUACCAGGCACGAUCCCUAAUUGACGGCGCCACCUUCGCCGUCAAAAUUAUUGACAAAUCCAAAACCGUCGACGCCGGCAUGGAGCCCCGCAUAAUCCGCGAGAUCGACGCCAUGCGCCGCCUCCACCACCACCCUAACAUCCUUAAAAUCCACGAGGUUAUGGCCACGAAGACCAAAAUCCACCUCAUCGUGGAGCUUGCCGCCGGAGGCGAGCUCUUCGCUAGAAUCUCCCGUCGCGGCCGUUUGCCGGAGUCCACAGCGCGCCGUUACUUCCAGCAGCUGGUCUCCGCGCUCCGGUUCUGCCACCGCAACGGUGUGGCGCACCGCGACCUCAAACCGCAGAACCUCCUCCUCGACGGCGAAGGAAACCUCAAAGUCUCCGACUUCGGCCUCUCCGCUCUGCCGGAGCAUCUCAAGAAUGGCCUUCUCCACACCGCAUGCGGUACGCCAGCGUACACAGCGCCCGAGAUCCUCCGCCAGAACGGCGGCUACGACGGGUCCAAGGCCGACGCCUGGUCCUGCGGCCUCAUUCUCUACGUCUUCCUCGCCGGCUACCUUCCGUUCGACGACACGAACAUUCCGGCGAUGUACAAGAAGAUAUCCCGGAGAGAUUACCAGUUCCCAGACUGGAUAUCAAAACCGGCACGCUAUGUUAUAUAUAAAUUACUGGACCCGAACCCGGAAACAAGAAUGGGUUUGGAGGCUCUGUUUGGGAACCCGUGGUUCAAGAAAUCAUUGAAACCGGAAACGGCGGAGGAAAGCGCGUUUGGGUGGGAUAACGUUUAUGUGAAGGGUUGUUACUACGAAGGGGUUAAGUGUUCGGGUGUGAACGCGUUUGAUAUAAUAUCGAUGUCUUCGGGGUUGAAUUUAACGAGGCUGUUCGAAACAACGUCGGAUGGGGGUAGUAGGAGGGAGAAGAGAUUCACUUCGAGUGCACGCGUGGAGGUGGUGGAGGAGAAGCUUAAGGAAGUGGGUGGGGUUUUGGGGUUUAAGGUUGAGGCUGGGAAAGCCACUAACGGUGCAAUUGCGUUGUUGAAAGGAAAGGUGGCUUUGGUGUUCGAGGUCCUUCAGAUUGUGCCCGAUCAGCUUCUUCUGGUGGCCGUGAAGAUCGUCGAGGGUGCUUUAGAGUUUGAGGAGCAUCACUGGGUUGAUUGGAAAAAUGCCUUGCAAGAUCUCGUCCUCUCUUGGCACAACGAUGAAUCAUGAACUAAUCUUACCAUCAAUCAAACAUCCAUAUGUACAGCUCUAUACUCUGUUCUGCUUUUUUUACUUCUUUUAGUUACUUCUUCUCAACACAACACAUCCUUCUGAGAAGAAACAAGUUAGAUGUUUGUCUUGUCAUACAACCUUUUUUAUUUUACUUUCAUUAUAUCUGUUGUUUGUAGCUUAGUUAUUUAUGAUGUUUUGUAAAAGAACAAAAUAAUGCUAUUAGGUGUUAUUAACCAA